AUGUCGCUAGAUAGCUGGAAACUGCAAGCGCAGAAGGGUAGAGAUAUCCUUGACAAGUCCAUUCCGAAACAAUGGUUGCUGCCGGAAUCUCAACUUCCACCGACUACACAAAAGAAUGUGAUCGAUUUUCCGAAACAAUCAGGGCUCCUGAGCGAGCGCGAAUUGAUGAUUACCGACCUUUCUGCGACAGAGCUAGUGGGGGAAAUGGGGAAAGGCAAAUUGACGGCUGAGGAGGUUGUUGUCGCUUUCAUCAAGCGGUCUGUUCUUGGACAGCAGCUGCUGAAUUUCGCAACGGAAUUCUUGGCCGAGGAGGCUAUUGCUCGGGCGCGAGAACUUGAUGAGCACUAUAAACAAACGGGGAAAUUGGUCGGACCUUUGCACGGUGUCCCAAUCAGUGUGAAGGAGCACAUUGGAUUCAAGAAUAAGACUUGCAAUACGGGAUAUGUGGCGUUGAUCGACAACGUAGCAACCGAAGACGCGCACUUGCUGCGAUUACUAGCGAAUGCGGGCGCAGUCUUUCACAUCCGAACCAAUCAACCCCAAUCUCUCAUGCACCUUUGCUGCAGCAACAACAUCACAGGCACAACCCUCAAUCCGCACAACCGCACAUUAACCCCCGGUGGCUCCUCUGGUGGCGAAGGAGCUUCGGCGGGCUUUAAAUGCGCACCCCUCGGCAUUGGCACUGACAUUGGUGGUUCAAUUCGGUGUCCAGCUGCCUUCUGCGGUGGCUAUGGCUUCCGCCCUACUGCGAUGCGCAAUCCCAUGGCUGGAAUCCAGGUCGCCUGUAUCGGACAGGAGACUAUCCACGGUGUCGUGGGACCUAUGGCGAGUACCUCGAUCGAGGAUCUUGAGUUGUUUCAAAAGGCGGUGUUGGAUCAGGAACCAUGGGAUGACGAGACUUCCCUGAUGCCUGUGCCGUGGAAGCCCCUGACCCCGACACGAGAUGUGACUAUUGGGAUCAUGUGGGAUGACGGAUGUGUUCGUCCUCAUCCACCUAUCACCCGGGCCUUGCGAAUGGCAAAGGAAAAACUCACUGCUGCUGGGAUCAAGGUUGUUGACUGGGAGCCGUAUAAACACCAGCGCGGCUGGGAGAUCAUUUCCGCACUCUACUACCCAGACGGCGCGGCCCUACAACGCCAAAUACUCCAAGAAUCAGGCGAACCCGCCCGCCCACUCACCGAAUGGGCCUUCUCCUACAGCCGCCCGGCACCACUCACCCACCCCGAAGCCUGGACCCUACAGCACGAGCGUGACGAAUAUCGCGACGAGUACCAGGCCCUGCUAAAGCGGCGCGGAGUCGACUUCAUCCUCUCACCGGCUUAUCCUGCCGCGGCCGCCGUCAUGGGCGAGUCCCAUUAUUGGAACUACACUGCGAUCUGGAACAUGACGGAUAUGCCUGCUGCUAUUUUCCCGUCUGGUCUUACCGUUGACCCUGUUUUGGAUGCACUUACGGCACAGGAUAAGAAGUAUGUCCCACGCAGUGGGGUUGAUGAGAGAGAGUGGAAUAAGUAUCAGAGUCCGGAGAGAUAUGAGAGUGCGCCUAUUGGGUUGCAGAUUGCGGGGAGACAUUUUAAGGAUGAGGAGACUUUGGCUGUUGCUAAGCUUGUCGAGGGGAUUAUCAAGGGUGAUGGGAAGAAUUCGAAGCUUUGA